AUGUCGUCCAUGCAUGAAGAAAAUCAUUCUUCAGCAAUUAUUGAACCUCUCGCCGAGCGGGUAUCUGCUAUUGAACUCGAUUCAGAAUCCUCAAAAGUUUCAUCUCUACCAUUGAAUCGUUCAAGUGAGCAGGCCGAAGUGAACUUACGAUCACCAACUGAAAAUGGAAACAAAAGUGUCAUUCCUAAAGGAACAACUGCGAAAGAUAGCAACUCAAAUGCACAAAACAAAUUAGAUCACCGUGGUGAAUCUUUAGCAAAUGGAACAAAAUAUGAAAUCGAAUAUAAAGCGUCUCCAUCAUUGAAUGAUCAUGAUGCAUUGAAAGUGGUAGUUAGUAUUGGAAAGGAAACAUUUCAUAUUAUGUCGAAUUAUAAUGCAAAGAGCAAUUCACAUCAACCGGGAAAUCAUAUUUUACGCCAUCCAAUACGUGAACCAUUGUCCUACAAAUCGAAGCCACCAAAGAAGGGUGCAAAAGAUCCAGAGGUUAUGCUUCUUUUUCUAUUGGAGAUCGUACGCCGCCGUAUUAUUGACCAUCGUCAAGAAAAAGAGUAUGGAGGUUUAAAAGAUGAUUUUCAUGAUUUACCAGUGGGAUUAGGCAUUGCUAUUGCUUAUGAAUUUAUGAAAAAGGAUAAGUUUUUUGAACAGUUUUGGAAACAUGAUGGAAAAUAUCAUAUGUUUACUGGAGACAAAGUAUUACGGUGGAACGCUUUUUGGGCAAUUUAUGAACAAUACAGAAAUGAACAUCUGAAAUCGGCAUCACCAGAGAAGAUAAAGCAGCUCUUAAAUGAGCGUAUGACGCAAUUAUAUUCAAACUGUUGGAAUGACUAA